UCGGCGCUCGGCAGUGGCGCCUGGGCAAGAUGGCGGCGCCCGUGGCGGCGUGCCGGUGACUCGGGCCAUGCUGGCGCUGCUGGCCCGGCCGGGCCGCGCCUGGCCCGCCCUGCUGGGCAGGGCACAGCCCGCUUGCAGUCCUGUGCUCCAAGCAGCCAGGGGCUAUGCCAGACCUGUGAUAAAGAAGAGGAAAGACAUCCCCAGCCAUCUGGAUGACCUUCCUCCCACCAUGCUGAAGAAAGAUUAUGCCAACCUCCCAAUCAUGAGCAGCAUGGAUGAUGUGGUGAAACGGCUGCUGUCCCUGGAAAUGGCAAGUCAGAAGGAGAAGCUGAAGGUAAAGACACAGCAGCUGGUGGAGAAGGUCAGGAGGUCUCCUAGUGACAAUGGCUCCUUUGAGGUGCAAGUUGCUAUUUUGACUGCCAAGAUACGCACGCUCGAGGAGCACCUCCAGAGGCACCCCAAGGACAAAAAGAACCGCAGGCUGAUGCUGAUGGAUCUGGACCGGCGGAGGAAGAUGCUGGGCUACCUGCGCCGGGUGAACUACAACACCUUUGAGAACACCUGCAGGCAGCUGGACAUCCAGUACAGCCCCCCCCAGCCCUACACCCGCCGCGUCACCAAGCGCUGGCUGGUCAAGAAAGCUUUGUGCAUCAAGGUGUUCCAGGAGAAGCAGAAGCUGAAAGCAGCUGAGAGACUGAAGCAAAGGCAGGCGAGAGCAAGGGCUGCACGGGAACAGCAGGAGAAGCAAGUGCAGGAGAAGGAGGCACAGGAGGGGACACCUGUGUAGUGGCACAGCCAGGCUGGCACUGACAGGCUGACAAUAAACACCUGCCCAAAGACUUGAA